AUGAACGUACUACCACUAGACUAUGAUGCGUGCGCGUUUUCUACCGACGGCCGGUUCGUGGCGUCUGCCGUUUACAACCGUUUAAUCGUCAAGACACAACCGUUUGCGGGCCCACACGUUGUGGCUACAGCCUCUUAUGCCAUUGAUGGUCUGUGGUGGAACGUAACGUCUGAUCUUAUACUGUGCACACAGUUCAGCAAAGGUGUGGUACAAGUGUACGACGUGUGUGCCGACAAAUGGAUACGCACCAUUAGAUGUGGCUAUUUCAAAUUUGUAGCCGCCGAAUGGAUAAGUCAAGACAACAUUUUGCUGACGCUUGAAUUCCAUAUGGCUUUGGCUGUGUUUAAUUUAAUGAAAAAUUCCAUUGUAUACAUUGAAAUCCCCAAACCCAUUUGGCCUUGUGCGGUAUUUGAUAGCGAUGGAACUCAUAUGUUUGUAGUCUCCAAGAUAAAUGGUUAUGAAAAAUUGUUAAUGAUGAGUUCUCGGAGUUUGAAUAGGGUUAUUUACAUUCAAGAUAUAAUAGGACCUUGUAAUGGGCUAAAUAAAUCUCCAGAUAAUCGAUUCGUCUGUGUUUUUAAUAAUAAAAAACUAGCAAUUCUCAAUUUUUAUUCUGGUAAUGUUAUUGGCUCAAUUGAAUGUUUUUUAUUAAACACUGUGAGUUGGUCGCCUAAUAGUAAAUAUCUAGCUUUAGGAUGUUCCUUGGGUGACAUUGUUGUAUUAACUUCUUCUAAUGAGUUUAAUGUAGAAUUUAAAUUGUCUCGUACUUCACUAAGUGAAGAUUAUAAUUUUUUCCUAGAAUCCAAUGGAGUAUUAAUCAAAACAAACCCUUCCAAAACAUUCAAUUCUGUUUCUUCAAAAAUAGCUUUUAUUGUUUGGAGCUUUGAUUGUAAAUAUUUGAGUACUUGUGAAGAAAAUUCAAAAUUUCUUUGUAUUUGGGAAAAAUAUAGAUUGAUAUGUGCAGUAGAAUUAGCUAAAGAAAUUAAAAAAAUGCAGUGGUGUCAGGCAGAAAAUAAACUGUCCGUAGCUUAUGGUACAGAUUUAAUUUUUUUUUGGACUGAAGGACAAACUCCUAUUUUACAGACUUCACCAAAGCUUGUUGAUGGUACAUGUUUAUUAGUUUCUAACAUAUCUUGGUCACUUAAUAAUAGAGAUAUGAUUUUAAGUGAUGGAAAAAAUUGUUAA